GUCGCAAACAUUUGGCGGAGCGGUCUACGGAGCAGCAUGUCCAGAGGCGGUGCUAUCAACUUAACGGACCUAUCCGGGGGGCAGGUGGGCGAGUGGCUCCAAAGUUUCGAUACGAUUCUCUGCGACGGCGACGGCACCAUUUGGCAGGACGACACGGCCAUCGAGGGUGCUCCGGAUGUCGUGAAUGCCCUGCAGCAGCGCUGGGGCAAAAAAGUCUACCUGAUAACCAACAACGGACUGAAGACGCGCCAGGAGCUGUUUGAGCGCUCCCAGCGACUAGGAUUUCAUUUGCCCAGCGACCGAUACAUCAUGUCGCCCACGGCCGCUAUUGCUGACUAUCUGGUCGAGAGUCCGGGUUUCGACAGAGCCCGGCACAAGGUCUAUGUGGUGGGCAAUGCGGCCAUUGCCCGGGAAUUAAGGCAGCACGGCAUCGACAGUUUCGGAGCCGGGGAGGCGGAGCAUUUGGCUCCGGGCGACAUGUGGCCGGACUUUGUGGCUCGUGAGCUGGGGAACCCGCAGGCGGCCAAGGAUGUGGGUGCCGUGGUGGUCGGCUGGGAUGAGUACUUCAGCUACUGCAAGAUGGCCCGCGCCUGUCACAUCCUGUGCAGCAAUCCCCACUCCGCCUUCCUCGUCACCAACCGGGAUGCCGUGCACAAGUAUCCCGCCUUCUGCAUCCCCGGCACUGGGGCCUUUGUGGCCGCCAUCGAGGCCUGUGCGGAGCGAGAGGCGCUCGAGAUGGGCAAGCCGAACCCUUUGGUCCUUGAGCCGCUCACUAAGACCGGCGAACUGCGAACCGAGCGAACGCUUAUGAUUGGUGACUGCCUCAAAAUAGAUGUCGGCUUUGCCAGCAAUUGUGGCAUGCUGUCACUUCUGGUGGGCACUGGUCGAUACAGUAAUCUCUCGGAUGUGCGACGGGAAAAAGGCAAGCUGGCUCAGCCAGAUUUCUAUCUGCCCCGACUAGCCGAUCUGCUGCCCUAUUUGUGAGCCGUUAAUCCACCCGAUUCCCGUGCAGCUAUCAACUCGUUAUCAACUUCUUAGUUCGACUUUUAUUUGGCUUUAGUUCGUGUGUCUACACAUAGUUGUACAUAUUUUAUCUGCCGGCAAGUAACACUCUUUGCUAAAUACUUUCUUAUAUAUUAGAGUGGUUGAAAAAUUGCAGGGCCGGAGAGUUUUCUAUGACCAAACUAUCUUAGUUUACCAAGCAUAUUGAGAACUUUGUUGGAACCUAAUGUAAAUUUCGAUAAGAGACAAUUAAAGUACUUUGAAAACAAA